AUGUCGCUACCAUUCAGUACAAGUCGAACUCAAAUCUGUCUUGGCCGUCGACGAUGGUAUCCCGCCAUUGUCUCCAUUGCUCUUAGCAACCACUUUGCUGUAGAGGACCCAGGAGAUCAACAAGUGGAAGAUACGCUCAACGCGAACUGGCGAUUCCUGAUGCCGACAACGGCGAGCACCCUGACUAUGUCGUCGUUAUCAAGCACGCUCCGUUGGCGAUUCAAAGAGGGGCCAUCGACAAGUUCUACUCUGUGGUGCCGUCCAACAAAUGUCCUCAACGAAUGCGAGGAUUCCUUCCUUGAACUCGGAGCUCUGAAUUCGAGAGCGCCGAGUUCAAGCCGUUCCUAUCAUUGUCUUCGUCUCACGUACCUCUCGUAUGAUUCUCCAUUUGCUUCUCCCGGGAUCCUCGACCUCAUGGAGCUUCUCGCUAGCAUCAAGUACCUCAAGGCCGGGAUUAGCGAGUUCAAGAUUCCUCAUGUCCAUCUCAAACACCGUUCCAAUGUCGGGUCUCUUCACACUCGCCGUCUAUCCUUUAUUCAGUCCUUAAUCAUACCCAUGCAAGGUGAUGUAGCAGAACUUGCUGGCCUUGUCACAGGGGCCUGCCGGUAUGGAGUCACCAUCACUCUCAAAAUUGGAACCAUCGGUGAUCUGAUGCAGCCCGAUUUUCUUCGCCAUGACGAUAGUCAGUGA